CCCGCCAUGGCUCCCUGUCUCCCUGCUCUCUCAGUGAGGGACAGUGGCUGCCGCCUACAGGAGCUGACAAGGCCCGGGCUCCUUGAGAAUAUACGCCCCGACGCACAGCCUCCUGCACUGGCCUCGGGCGGUGAGACCUGAGCCGUGUGCUCCACGUGGCUCGUGCCCUGUAUGAGGAGAGGCUGGGUCUAUGGCCUCAGAGCUGGGAGUCGCAGAGGAUGGCUGCUCUACGGACCUGGCAAAGCCCCUCUAUCUUCAGUAUUUGGAGCGAGCCCUACGACUGGACCAUUUUCUUCGCCAGACGUCUGCUAUAUUCAACAGAAACAUCUCUAGUGAUGAAAGUGAUGAUGAAUUGGAUGCGACCCCCCUAGUUCCAGAGUCUGAAGAUCCUUCCACACAAGUGAAGGAGGAACCUAUGUCUCCUUUGCUUGGGGAGCCUCCAGGACAAGGGAACUCCUGUCUGCUACCGACUCACUCAAUCAAUGGAGUGCUGCAACUAGAACCAAAGAUUGAGAGAGGGAGCUUAUACAACUUCUCAAAGCUAAAAAAAAGUAGAAAAUGGUUAAAGAACAUCCUGCUGAGUGAAGACUCUAGUGAUACAGACUCCCAAAGUGAUGAUGAGGAGGAGUAUUCACUUUCUAAAGAGGAGCUGCAUGACAUGCUGAGAUUGCACAAGUACAAAAAACUACAUCAAAGCAAGUAUCACAAGGAUAAGGAGCUGCAGCAGUAUCAGUAUUAUAGUGCUGGCCUACUUUCUACAUAUGAUCCAUACUAUGAGCAACAAAAGCACUUUCUUGGGCCCAAAAAGAAAAAAAUAAAAGAAGAGAAGAAAUUUAAAGCCAAACUAAAAAAAGUGAAGAAGAGGAGACGGAGAGAAGAGGAACUGUCUGAGGAUGAGCUGCCAAGGCGGCACCACCACACAAAAUUGUUUGCAAAGUUCUCCCAUGAUGCGCCAACACCGAUUGGCAAGAAAAAGCACUUGACACUGGAACAGCUGAAUGCUCGAAGAAGGAAAGUCUGGCUUACAAUUGUCAAGAAAGAGUUGCCAAAGGCCUACAAGCAAAAAGUGUCAGCCCGCAACUUGUUGUUAACAAAUAGCAAAAAGCUGGCUCACCAGUGCAUGCGAGAAGUGCGACGUGCAGCCAUCCAGGCACAAAAGAAUUGUAAGGAGACUCUGCCUCGGGCACGGAGGUUGACCAAAGAAAUGCUUCUGUACUGGAAAAAAUAUGACAAAGUGGAGAAAGAACAUCGCAAGAGAGCAGAGAAAGAAGCCUUGGAACAGCGCAAACUAGACGAGGAAAUGAGAGAGGCAAAGAGGCAACAGCGAAAAUUAAACUUCCUGAUAACCCAGACUGAGCUGUAUGCUCAUUUUGUCAGUCGCAAGAGAGAAUCUGGACCAGAUGGUGUUCAAGAAGAAAUCUUACGCAAACUGGACGAUGACUCAUCCCAGCAAAUUGGAGUGGGAGGAGUUUAUUCAAAUACGACUCAGGAAGAUUAUGAUAGUAAUUAUUUUAAAGCUCAGGCACUAAAGAAUGCAGAAGAUGCUUUCAGGAUUCACCAAGCACAGACCAGAUCAUUUGAUGAAGAUGCAAAAGAAAGUCGUGCAGCUGCACUUAGGGCAGCAAAUAAGUUGGACUUAGGGUUUGGAGAGAGUUACAGCCUGGCCAAUCCCUCAAUACGGGCUGGAGAAGAAAUUCCACAGCCCACAAUAUUUAAUGGCAAAUUAAAAGGGUACCAGCUGAAAGGGAUGAACUGGCUGGCAAAUCUGUAUGAGCAGGGUAUUAAUGGAAUCCUGGCUGAUGAGAUGGGUUUGGGAAAAACUGUUCAGAGUAUUGCACUUCUUGCACAUCUUGCAGAGAGAGAAAAUAUUUGGGGACCUUUUUUAAUUAUUUCGCCAGCAUCAACUCUGAACAACUGGCACCAGGAGUUCACACGAUUUGUUCCCAGGUUUAAAGUCUUGCCUUAUUGGGGAAACCCCCAUGAAAGGAAAGUAAUCAGAAAAUUCUGGGGACAGAAAACCCUGUACACACAAGAAGCACCUUUUCAUGUGGUGAUAACAAGCUACCAGCUGGUUGUCCAGGAUGUUAAGUAUUUUCAGCGAGUAAAAUGGCAGUAUAUGGUGCUGGAUGAGGCCCAAGCCCUGAAGAGCAGCACCAGUGUCCGGUGGAAGAUCCUGCUGCAGUUUCAGUGUCGAAAUCGUCUCUUGCUGACUGGCACCCCCAUUCAAAACACCAUGGCUGAGCUAUGGGCACUUUUGCACUUUAUUAUGCCCACUCUAUUUGAUUCCCAUGAUGAAUUCAAUGAGUGGUUUUCUAAGGACAUUGAGAGCCAUGCCGAAAACAAGUCGGCCAUUGAUGAAAACCAGCUAUCUCGGUUGCACAUGAUUCUCAAGCCUUUUAUGCUCCGGCGAAUCAAAAAGGAUGUGGAAAAUGAACUUUCUGAUAAGAUUGAAAUCCUUAUGUAUUGCAACCUCACCAGUCGCCAGAAGCUGUUGUAUCAGGCUUUGAAAAAUAAGAUUUCCAUCGAUGAUCUUCUGCAGUCCUCUAUGGGCACAGCUCAGCAAUCACAGAAUACCACCAGCAGCCUUAUGAACUUAGUUAUGCAGUUUAGAAAGGUGUGUAAUCAUUCAGAGCUGUUUGAACGUCAAGAGACAUGGUCUCCUUUUCACUUGUCAUUGAGGCCGUACCAGAAAUCAAAAUUUCUUUACCGCCAUGGGAACAUAAACUGUUUCAACUAUUCACGAAACAGGUGGCUUUCUGUCCUGUUGUCCCCUUUUUCACCUGAUCACAUUCACAAGUCUCUCUUCCAUAGAAAAGGAAAAGUUCUCAUCAUCGAUAAUAUGCCACCUUCUCUAGCCAACAAGGUAAUCCUGUGGUUGGAUUUUCCACUGUCUUACCCUAACCUCCAUAGCUCUACUUUUUUGAAGAAAUUGGUUUUCUGCAAUCUGAUUCAUCCAAUCCUUGGAUUUUCUGACUAUUUAUUACACCACCAAACCACUUCCUCUCAACAUGUACGACACUGCCAAAUUACAGAGCUGCCCUCCUCUUUGUGUUUCACGGCUCCUCUGGUCACUGCUGUGCCAAUAGACAGCUACUGCAAUGAUCGGAGUGCUGAGUAUGAGCGUCAGAUACUGAGCAAUGGGGGGAGCAUUGACACCAAGCAGUGUUUGGUAUUUGGAGCCCCUGAACUUUCUUCUGACUGGGCAAAGAGGCACUUUCGUUUUUUUCCUGAGAGUCCAGGUGGAAUUGAAGUGAUCAGACCCCUGCGUGGGUGGUCUUUUGUCAGGAUACCAGACAAGGAGAGUUUAAUCACUGAUAGUGGGAAGCUCUACGCCUUGGACUUGCUGCUGACCCGUCUGAAAUCACAAGGCCACAGAGUGCUCAUUUACUCACAGAUGACCAGGAUGAUUGACUUACUGGAGGAGUACAUGGUGUACAGAAAGCAUACAUAUAUGCGGCUUGAUGGCUCAUCCAAGAUCUCAGAGAGAAGAGAUAUGGUGGCUGACUUCCAGAGCAGGACAGACAUCUUCGUUUUUCUGCUUAGCACCAGAGCCGGAGGACUGGGCAUUAACCUCACAGCUGCUGAUACGGUCAUAUUCUAUGACAGCGACUGGAAUCCAACUGUAGAUCAGCAGGCCAUGGACAGAGCUCAUCGUCUGGGCCAAACAAAGCAGGUCACUGUAUACCGGCUUAUCUGCAAGGGCACUAUAGAAGAACGUAUACUGCAGAGGGCCAAAGAGAAGAGUGAGAUCCAACGGGUGGUGAUUUCUGGUGGAAACUUUAAACCAGAUACUCUAAAACCAAAAGAGGUGGUUAGUUUGCUAUUAGACGAUGAAGAACUCGAGAAGAAAUUGCGUUUAAGACAAGAAGAGAAGCGCCAGCAGGAGGAGACAAACAGAGUGAAGGAACGCAAACGGAAGAGGGAGAAAUAUGCAGAAAAGAAAAAGAAGGAAGAUGAGACAGAAGGGAAGAGAAGAAAGGAAGGGGUUAACCUGGUAAUUCCUGUGGUGCCCUCUGCGGAUAACUCAAACUUGUCUGCAGAUGGGGAUGACUCCUUUAUCAGCGUGGACUCUGCAAUGCCUAGUCCCUUCAGUGAGAUAUCCAUGAGCAGUGAGCUGCACACAGGAUCCAUUGCUCCAGAUGAAAGCAGUAAUGACAUGCUGGUUAUUGUGGAUGAUCCCUCCUCAUCAGCGCAUCAGUCUAGGGGCACCAAUUCACCUGCAUCCAUCUCUGGUUCAGUGUCAGACACUCUAAACGGGAUUUCUAGUCAAGACACACAAAGCAGUGGAUGGGCAAACUCCAGCCGUAACCGAGGACGUCCAAAAGCUGGUGCCAGUGGCACUAAAGGAGGCACAUCUCGUAGUCGCAAGUCCAAAGCUGGCAGUGCAGCUGCAAUAGCAGGAGCAAUGGCUGGAGCUGCAGCAGCUUCUGCAGCAGCUUAUGCAGCAUAUGGAUACAGUGUAUCAAAAGGUCUCCCAGCUAGCAGUCCUCUUCAGACGUCUCUGUUGCGACCAUCUGGAAUUUCAGACUUUGGCCCAAUAAACACCUCCUCACCAAUUAACUCCCCAAAGAGCAAAAGCAACAGCAUCCCUGGAACCCCCAAAGCAGUCACUUCCAUUAGUUUAACCCCAGAGAAUCCUCCUCGAAGGCACAGUAAAACCACUAGCACCCCAGGUGGACUUUAACAUAUAGUGUAAUUUUGAACUCUGCACGUUCAUAGCUGAGCUCUUCAUUUGGGCCUGUUCACUGGAACUGCCAAAGAUUUACAGGUGGACUUUUCAAAUCAGAAGCACAACUGUCAUUAUUCCCUGGAAGAAGUAGGUGAACAAAAAACAAACAUUAAGGCUUUCUUUGUACCAGAUAUGCUAUUUAUUAAAACAGAAAGAUGUGACUUUUUCUAUUUUUUCUUACCACCGAGUACAGUGGGUUUCAGAAUUGUAUUCCACAUAAUGGUCCAUGAGCAGCAUACUUAAACUCUCCAGUUGGACUUUUCAGAAUAUGGUAUUUGAUGCAAUAAUUUCCGUGGACAAAAAUGCCACAUUUAAUCUUAUUACCAUUAUUUAUUCUUCAUUGUUGAUUACAAUGUUAUAUGGGUUUCCAGAAUGGAGAUUCUUAAACGGCAAAAUAUUCAAUCCAGCAGAUGUACUGAAAUGCAUUUUCCAUUGGACCCUACUGUGAGCAGUUGUGAUUCUCACCCAAAACCUGACGUAUUGUGUCCUUACUGAGCAGCAUAACCUCAAACCAUGAUGAAGAGCCUUCAAGUCCAUCUACAUUUCACCUGUUUGUCUUCAACAGUUCUAGUGACAUUUGGAAGCUGCCCCUAAGGGGCUCACAGAUGCAGGCUCAUCCCAGUCAUCUUCAAACAUCUUCUCAACUGCAUAAAAUAUUAAUUUAUAUAUGGUAAACUAUCUUUCUGUGAACUUGCCACAUGGUCUUUGGUAUGAAAGAAAUCUAGGAAAAGAUGAAAUUGACUGGAUGCACAUAUACAGUGAGGCCUCCUACCUCCCCAUUUACCUGCAUAUGAUAUUUCCUCUGCUUCCCACCUACAGGAAAUAUCUCAUUUUUUAUAUAUAUUUAAAAGCCAAUUUGCUAAUCAGCUUUUGAGGCCAAGAUAUUUUUUUACUGUCAGAGGGAUAUUCAGUGCAUUACUCUACAAUGAUUUGCAAACCCCUUUGCUAGUGAAAACAAAUUUCCCUCAUCCCACACAUGCAUUUCACAAGUGUGUAUAUAAAUAAUUUAGUGGGAUUCUAAACAAUGCAAUGCCUUUUUCAGUUGAUCUUUACAACGUGUUGUCUAUUUUUAUAUCUGAAAUUGUAUAUAUGUAUAAAAAAGAGACACAUCUUUCUUUUACUAACUGGAGGGAAAAAUCUGAAAUAAAUUGAAGAUAAUUUUAGAUAA